UGUGAUGUAAAUCUUAGUAAUGUAUAUUGCAGGAGAAUCGAGCGGGACCCUUGUGUGACAGGUGCCUGUUCGGGUAUUACAACGCUCUGCCUGAUGGACCCUGUGUGCCGUGUGGCUGUGACCCUCAGGGCUCUGAUGGAUCUUGCAAAUGGGAUAAGAAACAAAGGCAGGUGACCUGCAGCUGUCUGCCAGGGUUCACAGGCUCACUGUGUGACUCUUGUGAGGAUCCUACGGUACAAUUCCCAGAUUGUCAGACCCCAGUGACCCCGGCCUGCAAGUGUGACCCCCGCGGUGUUGUGGACCCCGACCGAGUCUGUGAUGAAGUCUGUGAGUGUAAGAGCAACGUGGUAGGUGAGCGAUGUGACGCGUGUGCCCCGGGCCACUUCGGUCUGUUGGCUGAAUGGCCGACUGGCUGCAAGCCCUGCUACUGCUCACAUGUCACCGACACCUGCACCCUCGCCUCGUCUGACGACCUGGAGCCACCGAGAGAUGUUAUACUGCCCCUUGGUGAAGCGUGGCUGAUCACCGACUCUCAGGGAAAUGAAACGCUAGAGCCAUCUGUCGACGAGCAAGGGAAACCGUUUGUCAUAAGUUAUGAGGUAGAAGGGUGGGAGUAUUUCUAUUGGAUGACGAACUCCUUCAACGGGGACCAGUUGGCUGCUUAUGGUGGCGAAGUCCUGGCUUCCAUCUACUGGGGCAUAGUGCGAGGAGACACUGGAGGAAACCCCACCUUUGGGCCUGACGUCAUACUCAUUGGGACAGAUGGCACUAUGCUAGCAUACUCCAACACUAGCCACGAGACUCCUGGCAACCUGCAGAUCUCCGUGCCACUGCUGGAAGGGAACUGGCGUGUGGUGGAAGAUGACCAGGUGGCUUCCAGAACACAGCUGAUGGAUGUACUGCGAGACAUGAAGGGUAUCAUGUUGAAGGCACAUUACCACUUUGAUCAGGAUGAGGUCCGCCUGGAGCGCGCGGGCGUGCGCGGCGGCGCGGGGCCGCGCGAGGUGUGCGCGUGCCCGCGCGGGCACGGCGGGCCGCAGUGCGCGCGCUGCGCGUGGGGCCACUCGCGCGGAGCGUGCAAGCCGUGCGCGUGUCCAUUAUUUGAGGCGAGCAACAACUUCAGCCCCAACUGUGCACUGGCCAGUGCCGAGGGGGACGAGUACGUGUGUACGCAGUGUCCUGAUGGGUAUACUGGAGACCACUGCGAGAAUUGUGACUUCGGGUAUUGGGGUUCCCCAACGACCCCUGGUGGUACCUGCCAGGCGUGUGAGUGCGGGGGCUCGCCCUGCCACCCCGCCACGGGCCGCUGUCUCACCUGUCCGCCGCAUACUGAGGGCGCGCGGUGUGAUCUCUGCAAGGAAGGCUAUUGGUUCGGUGGCGAAGCGAGCAGUGCAACGAGUGCAGGUUGCAUUGCCUGCGCGUGCGGUGCGGGCGCGCUGUCGGCCGCGUGCGACGCGCGCACCGGACACUGCGCAUGUAGACCUGGCUGGACCGGCCGCGCCUGUGAUACUUGUGUGCAGGGAUACGGGGGUGUAUCGGCGGGUUGCCCCGCGUGUCGCUGCGGCAGGGCGGCGCUGAACGCGACGUGUGACGUAGUGUCGGGGGACUGCGCCUGCGCACCCGGCGCCGCGCCGCCUACUUGCGACACGUGUCUGGAUGAACACUACGGUUUGGAUAGUACGGGGUGCAAAGUUGAAGUAGUGCGCGCAUUUGAUUAA